GCACAUCUCGCAGCUGGCCUGGGAGCGCAGCGCCAAGAGCCCGGCGAAGCACGGGACUGGAGCCCGCAGAGAGGCUCCGCCGGGGGGCCGAUUUAGCGGCAAAGCCUCAGGAGAAGCUCGGCGGCGGCAGGGGCCAAAGGGGGUUCAGGAAACCUAAGGCACUCGUCCUUUCCUGGGCGCCAAGGCGAAGCGGGACUGAGGACGAGGGAGACUCAGCGAGCGCCUGGGAGCCGGGAGAGGAGACGUGCUCCGGAGGAGGCGCCCAGCGGCAGCCACCUGGGCGCCCAGCACCCACCUGCGCUCGCACACGCAGCCACACCUACUCCAGAGGCCGACUCACACGAGAAACCAUACCCCUCCCCUCCCGCCCCCCCACCACACACAGAGUCACACCUACAUACGCCGUCUCACACUCACUCUUUCUCUCUCACUCACAACUCUCAUCCCUGAGUCUGUACAUCCUUGAACCAGGCAUCCGGAUUGGCGUACGCACGGGAACGCGCGCCGCGGAGGAGAUGAAGAAGCAUCCCCUUCUGCUGUUGUUGCUGCUGCUGUUGCUGCCGCCAUCACCUGCAUCUUCGGCAAGGAAGGUGAGAAGGCAAAGCGAGGGCUGGGGCCGCUGGGGAGAGUGGAGCCCAUGCAGCAGGACCUGUGGUGGGGGCGUCAGUUUCCAGGAGCGACAUUGCUACUCUCAGAGGAGAGAUGGCGGCUCCACCUGUAUUGGACCCACCCGCAAUUAUCGCUCAUGCAACACUGAGAGCUGUCCUCAGGGCACCCGGGACUUCAGAGCAGAGCAAUGUGCGGAAUUUGAUGGGAAGGAAUUCCAAGGCAAAAGAUACAAGUGGUUUCCAUAUUAUGGAGCUGCCAACAAGUGCGAGUUGAACUGCAUUCCCAAGGGGGAGAACUUCUACUACAGACAUAAAGAGGCAGUGGUGGAUGGGACCCCAUGUGAGCCAGGCAAACUCGAUGUCUGUGUGCAGGGCACUUGUCAGGCUGUUGGCUGUGACCACAUGCUGUACUCAUCUAAGAAAGAAGACAAGUGCCUGCAGUGUGGGGGGGAUGGCCAGACCUGCUACCCAGUCAAAGGAACUUUUAAUGCCAAUGACCUCACCAAAGGUUACAACCAGAUCUUGGUCAUUCCUGCAGGAGCCACCAGCAUCCAUAUUGCAGAAGCCACAGCCAGCAGGAAUUUCCUGGCAGUGAAGAAUGUGCGGGGGGAGUACUACCUGAAUGGCCGCUGGACAAUUGAGUUUGGCCAGGCCCUGCCGGUGGCCAGCACUAUCCUUCAGUAUGAACGGGGCUCUGAGGGGGACCUGGCCCCUGAGCACCUGCAUGCCCGGGGACCCACCUCUGAGCCCCUGGUCAUCGAGCUUAUCAGCCAAGAGCCCAACCUGGGGGUGCAGUAUGAGUACUACCUCCCCCACCGACCCCUGGACACGGGCUUCAGCUGGAAUCACGGCUCCUGGAGUGACUGCAGUGCAGAGUGUGGAGGAGGUUAUCAGACACGCCUGGUAUUCUGCACCACCGACAAUGAGGUUUACCCUGAUCACAUGUGUCGGCAUAAGCCCCAGCCAUCUGACAAUCGCACCUGCAACCUUCAGGCCUGCCCACAGACCAAGCGCUGGAAGGCUGGGCCGUGGAGCGCCUGUUCCGCUCCAUGUGGAGGAGGUUCCCAGUCUCGCCAUGUCUACUGUGUUGUUUCUGAUGGGGCAGGCACAGAGGAGGCAACGGAUGAAGCUUCGUGUGCAGCCUUGCCAGGGAGGCCCCCCAACACACGAUCCUGUAACCUGCACAGGUGUGCAGCAUGGAGCUCAGGGCCCUGGGGAGAGUGCUCUGCCAGCUGUGGCCCAGGGGUUCGGAGUCGGACUGUCACUUGUUGGGGUGAUGAAGGUGCUCCCCUCCAAGAUUUUGCCUGCUCCUCAGCGGACAAACCUGCCCUGACUGAGGCAUGUAUAGGCGAGAACUGCCCUCUUCAGGAGCUUGGCUGGCACAUCGGUGACUGGGGGCUGUGCUCUAAGAGCUGUGAUUCAGGCAUCCGGAAACGGCAGGUCAUUUGUGCCGACAGCGAAUCCAACAUCUAUAGCUCCGACCUCUGCCAGACUCACCAGCCCCAGAUGCCAGAUGAAGUGGAAGCUUGUAACACACAAUCCUGCUACCUGCCUCAGGAGGUCCCUAGCAUGCAGGAUGUCCAAGGCUAUGACACCAGUCGCCAGGACCCGUUGGCCUAUUUAGACCGUCCAGAAACCCCUAUCCAAGGUGCCAGGGAGGACUGGUGGGCACACAGGAACCAGCCCACACUCGAGCAUCCCCCUGAAGGAGACAGGGGCUCUAACUUACUGCCUCAGCACUGGCGGUCCGGCUGGAGUAGCUCCAGACCCCAGCAGCACCGACACCAGGAGGACCAUGGGGUGCGGCCACAGCCUCACGGCUGCAGCCACAGUCCCCAUGGCUGCUGCCCAGAUGGUCAUACAGUAGCACCUGGCCCCUCAGGGCAUGGCUGUCCCAGGAUCUCAUGUCAGCAGAGCAGGUAUGGAUGCUGCCCUGAUGGGGCCUCAUCAGCCCUGGGCCCAAACCUCGCAGGCUGCCCACUGUCAUCUGGGAGCAGACACGGGCCCCAAGCAGUCUCCUCUGUGGCUGGGCAAGCUGAGCCUCAGUCAGACCCAUCCAUGGAGUGCCGAGGAUCCCAGUAUGGCUGCUGCUAUGACAACGUGGCUUCCAGUGCAGGCCCCCAGGGAGAAGGCUGCAAAGGCAGGCCUAACUACCCCUACCCAGUCAGGUGCCUGCUGCCCAGUGCACAUGGCUCUUGUGGGGACUGGACUCCUCGCUGGUACUUCAUUCCCACUGUGGGCAAGUGCAACCGUUUCUGGUAUGGUGGCUGCCAUGGCAACAGGAAUAACUUCGUCUCUGAGGAGGAGUGCAUGAGAAGCUGCCAGGAGGGAGCUGAGGACAGUGCCAGAGGACCCCUGACUCAUGGAGCAGAGCAGGGAUGGGCAUCUCCCUCACAGAGGGAGCCCACCCAGCACAGGCAAGGGCCUUCUGGCUAUAACCUGGGAGGUGGCACUGGGGACCGCCAUGAUGCCUCCCAGCAUGGCCAGUCAUCCAGAAGUGAUGACCAGAGUAGGGCUGGGCUAAGUUGGGGUCUGGACCACACAGAGAUAUCCCAGGGUAGGCCUUCCCUUUCAGCUGGCACUUCAAGGCUAGAGCAAGGGGGGCAGUACCUGAGACAAGAUGAGACUCAAUUGCCCAGGACCUUUGAGCAGGAAUCCUCGAAGAAUCAACAUACAGGACACCAGGAUCGGGAGGGCAGGCCAAGUGUAUUUGUACCAAGAGAAGACAUUAGGCAACCAGCUCCACACUUACAGGCUCCUUCUCACAGGAUUGUCUUGGACAAGACAGAAUAUUCCGGGGUUCAGGUCACCCUGGGGCAGAUAGUUCGAUUCUUCUGUAUGGCAGAUGCCAGCCCUGAUGUGAAAUGGCAGAAAAAUGGAAAGCCAAUCAGAUCAUCAGAUAGGCACCAUCUGCAGCCAGAUGGCUCCUUGGUCAUCAGUUCAGUGAGUGAGCAUGAUGCUGGCACCUACACCUGCAGUACUUCUACUGGGGGCCAGGACAGCAGUCGCCACAUUCAACUCUGGAUCACAGGGGAUGAUAGGACAGCGCCUGCAGAGGCUGAGAGGAAUCUUCCUCGGAUCCAGGACCAUAGACACCUGGAUUUGUGGCAGGGUCAGAGGCCCAGCUCCCACAGGCACCAUCAGCCAGGGCCCAGGUUGAGCUUUGACAGGAACCAGCCAGGAGUGGUGGAUGCCAGCGUGGGCCAGCGUGUCCAACUGCCCUGUCGAACACUUGGCUACCCUCCCCCAGUCAUCGAGUGGCAGAAAGAUGGACAGCCUCCUUCCUCACCCAGACACCAACAGCAGCCAGAUGGCUCCCUGGUCAUCAGUCGUGCUACCAUGGAAGACGGUGGAAUCUACACCUGCAUUGCUUUCAAUGGACGAGAAAGAGACCAGCGCUGGGUCCAGCUCAGAAUCAUGGGAGAGCUGAAGAUUAUAGGACUAUUACCUACUGUUACAGUGCCUGAGGGAGAAGACACCCAGCUCCAUUGUGUGGUGAUAGGAGACAAUGUGAAUGUGAGAUGGUCCAGGAAUGGGGUGCCUGUGCGAGGUGAUGGCUACCGAAUCCACCUGUCCCAGGAUGGAACCUUGGUGAUUAACAACACACGAGCCCGUGAUGAAGGCUCCUAUACCUGCAGUGCCUACAGUGAGACUCAGGCUGUAAGCCGCAGUACAGAGGUGAAGGUGAUCCGUCCUAGGCCUUUAGAAACUGUGGAGCAGCCUGGGGACCCUGGCAGGGAGUGCAUCGACCAGCCGGAGCUCGCCAAUUGUGAUUUGAUCCUGCAGGCCCAGCUUUGUGGCAAUGAAUACUACUCUCGCUUCUGUUGUGCCAGCUGUUCCCGCUACCAGCCCCAUGCCCGUCCUGUUUGGCAACAGGGAUGAAAGCUGUCCCCUGCCCUAGCUCCCAAACGCUGUGGCAAGACAUGCCAAUCGGGGGCAGGAUGGAAGGUAAAUACAACUGCCUGCUCUGUAACAGAUUGUCUUUUUCAAAAACCUCUAUCCAUUGUGAAGCCACUGCAGUAGCAGCAGCUGGGAUAAGCUCCCGCCCUAAUCACCUGCACCUUCAUUGUGUGCUCUUCAGACACAAAAAUCAUUUUGUAACGAGACUGCCUAGACGAACACAGAAGCCUGCUACUUCCCAUAGCAAGUUCUAGGGGACGGGACUAGUGCAUGGUGCUUUUAUUAUUUUUCUGGAAGAAAAUUUCGGCUGCUCUAAACGACUCACAUUACUAAUGUUGACUGAAUGGGCACUGAGGUGCAGUCCAUCAGAGUGAAUCCAUGUCUUUUAUAAGGAUCAAAUGAUCCAGCUGUAUCUGAACCACAGUCCAACCUUUCUUUGGGGCCAAGUCAGGUGCUGAUCAAAGAUGUUUCCACAGCCCUAAUGCUCUCACAGCUUCUGGUGUUGUACAAACUCACCUUAAAACAUUCUCUGAAGAGAGAGGAUUAGAAUCUGUUUCUCCCAUCUAGAACAUGGUCCUUGUUGCCUUGAUCCUGAGCGGGGAUUGAUUCACUCUGCAACUGCCUUUUCUGUGGAUGGCCUUCUCUCACAGAUCCAGGUUAAAGUGCUUCAAUAAACCCAAAGCUGUCCCAUACUCUAUUGAUGCUGAGAAGACCAGAACUAAAUAAAGCAGAAAUCUCUGGAGUAACUGUGUUCUGAACGCUGAACGACGCAAUAGUAAGAGCACCAGGUGUGUAAGGGUGAGUGUGAACAGAAGGAUGAACACAAGCAUUACAGCUUAUCCAUAUGGCUAAUUCCCAAUAGGAUUGACAGAACACCUGUAAUCUUGUCUUCAAAUGGAAACCCAAGCCCUAGAUGUGGUGUGGCUUUGAAAAAGACAGUUCUCAUCUGGGACAGUGUCUUCUGACAUGAUCACAGCUGGGCACUGGUUGGAGAUGGACUCAAUUGCAUCAUGAUUGACUAUUUCUCAGGCUACCUUCCUUCUGUCAUUCCAGAGAGGAUAUAUGGUCUGUGGGGAAGAUUUUCUUACUUUAAAAAUACUAUCAGGGACUAUAUUAUCAAGGUUUCUUUUUACUUGUCACAGAUACUACAGAAAUUGGAAAAUAAAGUCCAUUU